UAUUCAGGGAAAUGAACACCUCACAUCAUCAUGGACUGCAUCAUUCAUACCGAAAUCACAGCCAGGGAGCUUUGCCAGUGGGAAAGCCUGUUCAAGGUGAGAGAGGAUCAGCCUCUGGAUGCUAUGAGCAGCUCCUCAUCUCCACAGAGGUCUUCCUCACACUCGGGCUCGUCAGUCUCCUGGAGAACAUUCUGGUGAUUGCUGCUAUUAUCAAGAACAAGAACCUUCAUUCUCCCAUGUACUUCUUUAUCUGCAGUUUAGCCGUAGCAGACUUGUUGGUCAGUGUCUCCAAUGCCUCAGAAACGGUAGUGAUGGCACUCAUCACGGGGGGCAACCUGACCAAUCGCGAGAGCAUCAUCAAGAACAUGGACAACAUUUUUGACUCGAUGAUCUGCAGCUCGCUGUUGGCCUCCAUUUGGAGUUUGUUGGCCAUUGCAGUGGACCGCUACAUCACGAUUUUCUACGCCUUGCGCUACCACAACAUCAUGACCCAACGGCGGGCGGGCACCAUCAUCACCUGCAUCUGGACCUUCUGCAUGGUCUCUGGCGUGCUCUUUAUUGUGUACUCGGAGAGCACCACCGUUCUCAUCUGCCUUAUCAGCAUGUUCUUCACCAUGCUGGCGCUUAUGGCCUCGCUCUACGUCCACAUGUUUCUUCUAGCCCGGCUGCACAUGAAGCGCAUUGCCGCCCUCCCUGGCAACGGCCCUAUCUGGCAGGCGGCAAAUAUGAAAGGGGCCAUCACAAUCACUAUCCUGCUGGGAGUAUUUGUGGUGUGCUGGGCUCCCUUUUUCUUGCACCUCAUCCUCAUGAUAUCUUGCCCCCGGAACCCCUAUUGCAUCUGCUUCAUGUCCCACUUCAACAUGUAUCUGAUCCUCAUUAUGUGCAACUCGGUCAUAGACCCUCUCAUCUAUGCCUUCAGGAGCCAAGAGAUGAGGAAAACCUUCAAGGAGAUCUGCUGCUGCUGGUAUGGACUGACCUCUCUGUGUGUAUAA